AUGAAAUAUCUAGCCGACGAUGACUUCCACUCAACCGCUCAUUUAUAUCAAGAUGCCUACGCAAAUGACCCGGUGGUGUUCGCGUUUAUCGAUCGAGCUCUGCGUUACUUGGCCCCGCAAUCAUAUAUCUUAGAUGUCGGCUGCGGAACUGGUAAGCCCGUGGCUGUGCGUCUAGCAGCUGCUGGCCAUCAGAUAGAAGGCCUUGACAAAUCGCCCACGAUGAUCGACUUUAUUCGGGAAAACGUACCCAGUGGCAAAUUUCAAGUCGCAGAUAUGUGCACCUAUGAACGUUCCGGCGGAGAAGGGACCCUGGAUGCGGUCUUCAACGUUCGUGCUCUCUUCCGCAAUAAGCGGAAUAUCAUUGAAAUGUGCGUUGGGAACUGGGCAAAAUGGCUCAAAAGAGGAGGUCUCUUAUGCAUGGUCGUCCUCGCCGCGGAUGAUUACAACCCCGCCAAGGUCAAACAGUACGAUGAGGAUGGUCACAGUGCAAGGGUGGAACGGCGGUUUAUGGGCGAUCUUAUAGAGUGUAUUCUUUUUUCUCGCGUUGGUUGGAAGCAUCUCUUGAAUGCAAACGGUCUUGAUAUCUUGGAUGAAAAGAUGGAGAUUUUUCUGCCGCCAGAAAAUGUCGAUUCUGACGAGGCGGCGCAGUAUUGUUUCAUUGCUAGGAAGUUGUAA